UAUUUUAGGAGAAACACGGUAUUCCAAGAAGCUGAGGAUGAUGAGAAAGCAGGGCUGAUGAUUAGAAUGAAUGGUGGAAGAUUUGUAAAUAAUACGACUGAACGCAAAUAAGAGUUCAUUUUCAGUCAUUCUUCAUUGUGAUGAAAAUGAAAAAUACUGACUUUUCCACCACCAUUGUGUUUUCUCAAUGUCAUCCAGUAAUGAUUUUGGGUUUUUUUGUUUUUUGUGUGUGCAAAAAUUGGAACCCUUGAAGACCCACUGUGAUCAGUUUGUUUGCAUAUUUCAAUUAUAAAGUUGCUCGCGUAUGUGCUGAUUUCGAUACCAUAGAUUUGGCAUAGUUUGAAAUAGAUGGGGCUUGAAGACAGUACCACUCUUUGUAAGAUUGAGGCCUACCACAAGUUCUAGUGAUCAUUGCCCUUCCUAGUUACUAAAAUUUGUCUGGGCUGGGCUGGAACUAUGGAUCUUAGAUGUGAUCACCUUUAGAAACCAAAUUUAGACCUAAAUGUGGUAUAGUUACUGCCCAGUUACCUGCCAUUCAUGAACAAGAUGCUGGAGUGUGUGAUGGUUUUUCAACUCUAGGUAGUAUUACAUGAUGCUGAUGAUACGUUUCAGGCUGAUUUGGAAACAGCCUUGAUUGCCCUGGUGGAUUACUUGCAUUGGAGAAUGGAUUGAGGGGCUGGAGAGUCCCGUCCUAUGUGUUAUUGAUCUCUCAGUGUCUUUCAGUGCUAUUGGCCUUGGUAUUUUUUGAGCUGUCAGUAUGGGUUGGGCUGAGGAGGCGCAGUGUUACUGUGGCUUCCGUCCUUUUUGGAGGAUAAGUCUUGAAAAUUGAUGCUAGGGAGCUUCCACUCUGCUUUAUACAGUGGUACCUUGGUUUAAGAACAGCUUAGUUUAUGAACAACUUGGAUUAAGAAUGCUGCAAACCCAGAAGUAGGUGUUUUGCUUUGUGAACUUUGCCUUGGAAUAAGAACAUGUUUCGAUUUCGUGUUUUAUGGUUUUAAAGUUACUACUAUUGUGAAUGUACAUGUUGGAAAUAAUCUUGAGGGGGUUGACCUCAAAAGGUAGCCUACAAAUAUUUUAGAAAGGUAGGUAAUCAUUGUAUCCUGUGUUUCCAUGCUUGUCAUAGUAGAGGGAAAUCAUCUUCUGCAGCCUGCAUGGAAGUGCAGGGUAUUAGUUGCUUAUCAGGUGUGGAUUGCCUUCUGCCAAACAGGCUGGUGGAGAAAGCGAAAUCCAUCCAUUCUCUGCCAACCCACUCACAUACCUUGGUCACAGCUGAAGCAAAUGUGGCACACAUUGUAUAGUAAAAAGGCACAGCUACUCUUCAUUUAUAUGGUGCUAUCGUAAUCCCGAGGGAUUUUAAAUUGAACUCCAUAAUCUGUGACAGAAGGGGAAGGCCAAUCAUGAGUCUGCUUAACCUGGACCGCUUUCGCUUUGGAAGGAAGACAUGUGUGGCAGAAGAGAGUGCCCCUUCCCCUGGCCUUUCUGCGGAUCAGGAGGAGGCUUCUUCUACUUCUUUGGAUGCAGUAGAUAAGGAUACCACAUGUUCUUCUCCUUCAAAAGAUGGCGCUGCAUCUGUUGGCGAAGAAAAUGACAGUGUUCCUGAUCACAUUAGUAAGCCAGCCAGCCCAGCAUCUGAUGUGUCUGAGAAAACUGAUGAUUCCAGUGUUCCAGAAACCCCUGAAGCAAAAAGGACAACACAAUCAUCUUUCUUUAAGUGUCAGAAAGAUGUUAUUGAAUUGUCAUCAGAAAGUGAAGAAGAGGAAGUGGCACCAAAAUACUCCCGUCUAAAGCAAUUUGCUGCUCCCAGGAAGGAUGUGAUUGUUAUCUCAGAGCCUUCAGAAAGUGAAGAGGAUGAAGACAAGCCAUCAAAAUCUGUUAAGGAAGAUGAAGAAGAGGAGGAAGAGGAAGAGGAUCUGAACUAUUGCAAACUCCAAACACUAAAGGAACUCUUUCCACAAAAAAGUGACGAAGAGCUAUUACUGCUGAUAGCAUCAACUGCUACAAUGGAUGAAGCUAUAGCUGCUGGCUUGAAGUUGAAUGAGGAAGGCAGCUCUCGCAAAAGGAAACUUGAGGAAAGUACCAAUGAUGGUACUGAAGAUGAGGAUGACCAAAAUACAAAAAAGAAAAGGCUUGAUCCUUUGCAGACUCCUGAGAAUCAAUGGGAAAAGCGUGAAAAUCUAGUAUGCAAACUGCACAAAGAAUUUCCCAGCUUGGAUAAAGAGGAGCUGAGAGAUGUACUUCGGGAACACAACUGGAUAUUUCAGGAAGCUUUUGAAUCUUUAAAAGUAUUCAUGGAAGAUCAUGAGGAUACCCAAUACCCCUCCAAAAGUGAAGUUUCAAAUGGAAAGGGGGUCUCCAUUAAUAACAGCCAUUAUCGCCAGAAUGACACUAAUGUGAAGCUCAAAGAGAAAUCCUCCACACGAACUGAGAACGGCUUUAGAAAAAAAGAUAAAAAGAAAAAAAUAUGGAGUACUAAAAGGGACGCUCAAGAUUUGGAGUACGAGUCUGCUUCGGAAGCUGGCAGCUCCCUUGAUGAGGACUAUGGUGGUAGUGAUGAUGUGAUGGAGGAUGGUUACAAAACUAAAAUUCUUAGUUUCCUGCAAGAUGCUUCACCGGGUGAACUCACUUUGAUCCCCCAGUGCUCUCAGAAAAAGGCUCAGAAGAUAAUAGAGCUCCGUCCCUUUAAUAGUUGGGAAGCUCUGUUCACAAAAAUGUGCAAGACUAAUGGGUUGUCAGAAGAUAUUAUAUGGAACUGCAAAAUAUUGCUAAGAGAGAGAGCUGUCGUGUUACAGCUAAUGAACAAAUGUGAAGAGAUCUCAAAUAAACUGACCAAACAAGUUACGAGGAUCACUGGAGAUAGUGGAAGCGGAUGGAACAUUGAUCAGCCUUCCAUUCUGAAUCCAAGCAUGGAGCUUAAGCCUUAUCAGAAGAUUGGUUUAAAUUGGCUAGCACUUUUGCACAAGCAUUCGCUAAAUGGCAUAUUAGCUGACGAAAUGGGUUUAGGAAAAACCAUUCAAGCAAUUGCAUUUCUGGCAUAUCUUUAUGAAGUGGGUGAUGUAGGUCCACAUUUGAUUGUAGUGCCUGCGUCAACAAUAGAUAACUGGAUAAGAGAAGUGAACCUGUGGUGUCCUGAACUCCAAGUUUUAUUUUAUUACGGCUCGCAAGAAGACAGGAGGCAUCUCAGAAUGGAUAUCCAUAAUAAAGUUGCAGAUUUCAAUGUCAUUGUGACAACGUAUAACUGUGCAAUUAGCAGUGCAGAAGACCGCAGUCUUUUUCGUCGGAUGAAGAUUAAUUAUGCAAUCUUUGAUGAAGGUCACAUGUUAAAAAACAUGGGUUCCGUUCGCUAUCAACAUCUGAUGACAAUUAAUGCAAAAAACCGUUUGCUGUUAACAGGGACGCCAGUGCAAAACAAUCUUUUAGAACUUAUGUCGCUCUUGAAUUUUGUCAUGCCACGGAUGUUCAGUAGUAGCACUAGUGAAAUUCGGAGGAUGUUCUCUUCUAAAGCAAAAGCAACCGAGGAACACAGUACAUAUGAAAAAGAGAGAAUUGCACAUGCCAAGCAGAUAAUAAAACCAUUCAUCCUGAGAAGAGUAAAAGAUGAGGUCCUUAAACAGUUGCCUCCCAAAAAAGAUAUUGUUGAGCAGUGUGAAAUGUCUGAGAAACAGGAAAAGCUAUACCAAGAUCUGUUCCGCUACUUAAAGAAAUCAAUUGACAGUCAUGAAAAGAAUUCAGAAAUGGGCAAUGUCAUGAUGCAGCUAAGAAAAAUGGCCAAUCAUCCUCUUCUUCACCGUCAGUAUUAUACAGCAGAGAAACUUAAAGUGAUGUCAACACUUAUGCUCAAGGAGCCUACACACUCCGAAGCAAACCCUGACCUUAUAUUUGAAGAUAUGUCUGUGAUGACAGAUUAUGAAUUGCAUUUGCUUUGUAAACAGUAUGCAAAUAUUAAUGACUUCAAGCUUGAAAUGGAUCUAAUUUUGGAUUCGGGAAAAUUUAGAACACUAGAGCGGAUUUUGUCUGAAUUCAAAGAAAAGGGUGACAGGGUUGUCCUGUUCAGCCAAUUUACUAUGAUGCUGGACAUCCUAGAGGUUCUUCUGAAACAUAAGCAGCACCGAUACCUUAGACUGGAUGGAAAGACACAAAUUUCAGACAGGAUACAUUUGAUAGACGAGUUCAAUUCAGAUAUGGGUAUAUUUAUCUUUUUGCUCUCCACAAAAGCCGGUGGUCUAGGGAUUAAUCUGACCUCAGCCAACGUGGUCAUCCUUCAUGACAUUGACUGUAACCCUUACAAUGACAAGCAGGCGGAAGACCGAUGUCAUAGAGUAGGACAAACUAGAGAAGUGAAAGUGAUACGGCUCAUAAGUAAAGGGACUAUAGAGGAAUCCAUGCUGAGAAUUAGUCAGCAGAAAUUAAAACUAGAACAAGACAUGACAGCAGCAGAUGCAGGAGAAGAAGGGGCCAUUCCAGCAGAUAUAGCAACGCUAUUAAAAGCAUCAUUAGGUCUCUAAUAAUAAUAAUAAAAAGAAAAGUGUUGUAGAUAUCUUUUUAAUUUGAGGGGGGAAUUAAAAUGUGGUGCUUCAAUAAUUUCUUGUUAUUGAAAACAUUUGUAUGGACAUUUAUAACUUUUUGUAAUUUCCUUGUUGUAUUACUCAUGGCAUAGUUUCUUUUCCUCCCCACUCUGCUACUCCGAAGCAAAAAGUAGAGAUGCCACAAAAAUGUAGUGCAUAAAAUGCCACAUAAGCUAUCUUACCAAGGCCAUUUUAAAAUGGGAUCCGAGUUUGAACUGAACUGCUAAUGCUUAAAAUUGUUCCAUAUUUUUGUAAUUAUUUCUACCUCCAAAUAUAUAUAUAGAACCUGUCUAUUUCACUGGAUGUGUGGGGUUUUUUUUACAUGUGCCUUAUUUGAAAUGCCCAUAUUGUUUGUCUCUCUGCUUGUUUUUAUUUGAAGUACUGUAAUGUUUUGUAUCAAAUUGUUCACAAAAUAAAAAUUGAACCUUGGCUGAUGGUGUUUUGGUAAAUGGUUUUUUGAAACCCAGAAGGAGUUUCAUUUCAACUGGGAACGCAAUGUAAUCAUAAGUUUUAAGUUCCUCAAAUAUACUUUUUAUUAAAUAUGGGAGAGUUGUGCUGAGGUUUUCUGGGCAAGGAAUUGGGCAAAGAAUUCCAAUUGCAGUUGGUUUUAGAAAGUAAUGGACAACAGAUCUGUUCUCCAGAAACUUUGAAACUAGUGAAUCACAUUUUGUUUUGAUGUCUUGUACAGAUUAGUUUGGCUAUAGAUAAUAUAAUAACAUUUACUGACUUUCUUACAGAUUUUAUUGUUUAUACAUAGUUGUAUUGUAGAUAAAAACUUCCUUGAAUUUUGUUGGGAAUAAACAAGAUUAUGAUCAUUGUGAAGUGCUUAAAAUGUUAGGUUGCUUUACAAAAUACAUAAAAAGGGCAGGUUAUACCCAGUGGUUAGAUUGCAAGCUAAUCUAAAUAUAUGUUGUUACCAGGCUCCUAUCUUUUCAUUGCAUGGAUAUGUCUCUUCCCAAUCUCUUCCUCCUUCCACAGCCCCAAUAUCUCAGUCACUAUUUAUUUAUUUUCUUUAUUUAUGAUAUGUAUUAUCCCACCUUCAGAACCAUAUGAGACUUGCAUAAGUCCACAAGGUACAUAAAACAGUGUUAGGAAUAUAAACAAUAACUAACUGAAAUCCCAUUGACACAUACCCACCAACAGGAGAAAAAUAAGUUGCACAUUCAACUCACAAAACUUGUCAGCAUGUUAAAACUAGGAUAGCAAAUAUGCUGCCUUUCAGAUGUUAUUGGACUGUGGCUCUAGCCAACAUGGGCAGUGAUCAGAAAUUAUGGGAGUUGUAAUACAAUAAGGCAAUACGUUUUCUGCCCUCCUUGUAAUACAACAACAAAUUGGAGGAGUGGGGGGAGGCAAAUUCUGUAUAAGAAAGCCUUUUAAUUUUUAUUAUGUUUUUAUAUAUGUUGGAGGCUGCCCAGAAUGGCUGGGGCAACCCAGUCAGAUGGGCGGGGGUACAAAUAAUGAAAUUAUUAUCCCCCCCAAACCUAAUUGUCUCUCCCAACCUUUGGGCUGAUGUUUGAAAAGGCCCUGAUCAAUUUCACCAGCCACAAUGGGCACAACUCCACAAGCCCCUUGUCCACAGCAUUGGGCCUCAUAAACUAAAAUUGAUGCCACAGAGUUAGGGAAGACAUAGCAAUGGACACCUCUGCUGGAACUGGAACCAUAGUGGGUAGUGCAUAAAGUGCUCUGAAGUCAAGCAACUUCAUCCUGAAAAUGAUGAAGCAAAUUAUUUCAGCAGGCUUCUGUUGGCUCCAAAGGCACAUCUCCACCAACAGGUGAGACCAGAUUCCAGUUGACCUACAAAACUGUUGCUGAACUAGAAAACUAUAAAUAAUUUUUAAAAAGAAUUAUUCGCUGCCCUUAUUGAUGCUGUAAACUGUGCUUGUUUGGCCUUGGAAGCAAGUUCUACCCCACCAGUGCUCUGGCUGUCAUCCAUCUUGUUUCAUCACACAGAAUUCACUAGAAUACAAGAGGGCAUUGCGGACUCCACAGCUCCGGAGAAGGUCGCUCAGGAGCGAUCGUGUCAAUAGUCCUUCAGAACUCACCAUUCCACGGUGAGAUGAGCGCCUCAACUGGAUCACCUCUUUCUACUGGAAAGUCUCCCAGAGCAUUCAGCGAUCCAUCGUCAUCUGUAAGUCUCUGAGCGCAGGCCAUCUUAAUUGGCCCCCCACUCUUGCAGAAGGAACAGUUUAUGAGGAGGGAACCAUCUGCAAAAGGCAUCCACGUGAAGUCCCCCAGGACGCUUCCAGCUGUGUGCAAAACAAACCUUUCUCUCACCGGUUACACCAUAACUCCUAAUGUCAUGGUGAAAUGCAGAAGGCUCCGGGUUCAAUUCCCAGUGUCUCCAGUUAAAAAAAUUAAGGCAGCUGGUGUUGAGAGAGACCCUGGAGAGCUAAUGCUAGACUAGUUGAACUGAACAUAUAAUUUGACCUCUUGUAAGGCAAUUUUUCAAAUGUCCAAAACACAAUAUAUAGUUGAAUGUAUGAGCUGUUCAAUUAUUGUAUUUCAGGUCACAAAUUGAGCCCAGAUAUUUUUUAUUUUUUCUUCCUGGAAUUUGCUUGUAUAUGGCAGACCAGUGCUGGUCUCAGUGAGUGGAACCAGGCUCUAGAUUAGAUAGGAAGGUCCUCCUUAAUUCUUCAGUGCAGUGUAACCCUUGCCCUUGAUUCACAUGGCCAUACACGCACAGGAAUAUCUCCACAUAUUCCCCUGCCAAACAAAUGGUUGAUAAAAUGACCCUGGGGCAGGGGUGGGGAGAGGCCUGACUUCAAAAAUUCUACAAGAUGCUCAUUGCAAAAUGCUACAAAACGGGGUCGGCUUCAUUUCUCCCAGAAGGUGGCAGCAUUGGAAGUAAAGUGAAGGAGGUCAAUGGGAAGAAGGUGGAAUUAAUUUGCAAAAAGAAAGGGAGAUGGUCAGGGGUGGUGAGAGUUGUAAUCAAAAACAUCUAGGAGGUGCUAGUUUGUGGACCGUGAUCAUAAGAAGAUGACUGGGGGCAGCCACCACUUAUAUCAAUCUUCACCAACCUGGUGCUCCAGAUAUUUGGGGCUCUGACUACGAUGGUCAUGCUGGCUGGAGCUGAUUGAUGCUGUAAUAGUCCAAACCAUCUGGAAGACACCAGCUUGGCAAUGUUGCGAUUCAGUAUUUAUUCAUUGCUUGUAAGGUAUGACCUCUUGGGCUUUCUUUAGUCUCCUGACUUUGAUCCUUGGGGGGUGGGGCCAGAGGCAAAGGUGGGGCGGAGCAACACCUGCAGGUUUUGCCUUUGAACAUUAGGCUAGUCUUACACACACUUCUCCUUUCUCCAUCCAGGCAAGCAAGAGGGAUGGCUAGAGCUCAACAAAACAUCAAUUAGGCAAAAGCGCUCCAGCUGGGUGGAAAGCGGACCUGCUGAGAGGUGUGGCCUGGGGAAGGGGUGUGUGGCUGAUGAAGUGUAGCCUGGAGUUUCAGGGGUCAGACAGAGAAGACUGGAGGGCCACAUUGCCCGCUAGAGGUAGAGUCUUUCCAGAACUAUAUUUUUUUGUCUCUGAUCGCCUCUCACUAUGAAUGCUUCUUCCAGCCUGACCUAUAUUAAAACUCAAUUACUGGCAUAUCCUCCCCACCCCCAGUCUUUAGCUUCCCGCCUCCUUUCUCCCUCUUUCACAUUCCUUUAGCACCGCUGCGAUCUUUCCUCUUCAGUGUCCCGGCUUUCCCCUCCAUUUCAACAUGCUCAUCGUUCUGAUCCUCCUGGCGUGAGUUGCUGUGCCCCCCCCCACUCCCCUUUUGUCUGCAUUAAAGCCGUUUUAAUAAGGUGGGCAGAGGUUAAGCCAGCAGAGGUCACGUCCAUGUUAAAGCACUCACGUGGGCCCCAAAGCCUCAUUCACUAAUGGUGCAAUCACAGCAGAGUAGAAAAUAGGGGAGGAUGGGGACUGUUAGGUUAAGUGUGUGUUUUCCACCUCCCUAGUGUGCAGAAAUAACACUGUGUUGCCCUCCUCUUUACCUUCCCCUGCAUGCAAAAACAAGCUCUGGAGAUGGAAUGGGCGAGACCAAAAGUGGGUCCAACUGUCAAGAAGGCGGUUUCCGCAUGUGCUGCAGAGGGAAGUGAGGGGCAGAUGGGGCUUGUCGAUCUGGGAAGGUAGCCCAUCUAGGGGAUGGAAAACUCAUCCUAAACCUCUGCUGCCUUGCAGGACCACUUCAGAAGAAAAGACAAAGGAGUAAACAGUACGUUUCUGAGCACAAUUCAAAGUGUUGGUGCUGACCUUUAAAGCCCUAAAUGGCCUCGGUCCAGUAUACCUGAAGGAGCGUUUCCACCCCC